GAAAGAGCUUCAAACUUCAGUAUAUUUUGAUACCUUGCCAAAAUUGUAUUUUCUGUAGAAGUUCAUUUUCAAAUCUUGAUGACAUCUGUUGUUUGUUAUGCCUUUUCACCUUGCCUCGUCGGGUGAUUGAACCGAUCUUAAAACUUUGGCUUUUGGAAACCAGAGGUGUCUAGAAUCUUCCACGUUACUUGGCGUCAUGAUCAUGGAUCCAAGGGGGUGGAAUGCCGCUUAGGGAGCCGAUGAACAUAGGUCGAACGUCUUCAACCUAGUCUCUCUCUCUCUCUCUCUCUGCUGAAGAUGGUUUUCUUCUCGGAGUUCAACCAUGCCUAAGGGCGGGAACUUUGGGUCCGUGUCAUCUCCUGCAAUGCCAUUUUCAAAUCCUCCAUGGUCCUCAUCCCUCGGCAUCCUUCGGUUUCUGCCCUUCUCAAGAGCUGCUCAAACGUUAGAACAUUGGAGCACUGCCACGCCACCAUCCUCAAGAAUGGCCUGCACCAAGAUAACGUCCUGAUAACGAAAUUUCUGGGUGUCUGCUCCGUCCUUCGAAGGGUUAAUUACGCAAAGGGUGUCUUCGAUGCGGUUUCUCAACCGAAUAUAUAUCUAUGGAACAGUAUGAUCAAAGGGUACUGUGAGAAUUGUUCUCUUGGUGAUACCAUCUUGCUCUUUAGAGAAAUGCAGUUGAGUAAUGUUCGUCCUGACGACUACACCUUCCCGUCGAUCCUGAAAUCGUGUGCUAACGAAUUGGCUUUGAGAAGUGGACAGGGGAUUCAUUGUGUGAUUGUGAAAGUGGGUUGUGAGGUAUGUGUUUUUGUUGGAACUGGGUUGAUCGACUUUUACGGGAAAUGUGGGGAGAUCGAAUCUGCGCGCCAUCUGUUCGAUCGAAUGCCUGAUAGAAAUGUAGUUUCCUUGACCGCCAUAAUAGUGGGUUAUGCUGCUUGUGGUGAUAUGCGGACGGCAAGAGAAUUGUUUGAUCAAAUGCCGAGGAGAAAUCUUGUGACAUGGAAUGCAAUGAUAGCUGGUUACGCUAAGAUUGGCGAAAUGGGUGUGGCACGUCGGUUAUUUGACGAAAUGCCUGCCAGGAACGUAAUAUCAUUUACAACAAUGAUAGACGGCUAUUCUAAGAACGGUGAUAUGGUGUGUGCGAGGUCUUUGUUUGAUCAGCUGGGGAAGAAGGAUUUGGUCUCCUGGUCUGCUUUAAUCUCUGGUUAUGUCCAGAAUGGACAGCCCAAUGAGGCUCUUGAAAUCUUCUUUCUCUUGCAGUCUAAAAACAUAAAACCUGACGAGUUUGUGAUGGUGAGUCUGAUGUCCGCAUGUGCUCAGUUGGGUAGGUUGGAUUUGGCCAGAUGGAUUGACAGUUACAUUGUUCAGGGUGGUAUGGAUCUGAGGGCUCAAGUGAUGGCUGGUCUUGUGGAUAUGCAUGCCAAGUGUGGGAACAUGGACAGAGCAUUACAGUUGUUUGAUAAGAUUCCUCGGAAAAAUUUGGUAUCAUAUUCUGCAUUGAUGCUGGGGUUGUCUUUGCACGGCCAGGGAAAGGAAGCUGUGGAACUGUUCUCUCAGAUGCUGAAGGUGGGCAUCGUGCCAGACGCUGCUGCUUUCACCAUAGUACUUACAGCAUGUAGCCAUGCCGGGUUGUUCAAUGAAGGUUGUCACUAUUUUGAGUGUAUGAUUAAGGAUUACAAUGUAACUCCAUCUGCAGACCACUAUGCAUGCAUGGUUGAUCUUCUUUGCAGAGGCGGUCGCUUAAAGGAUGCAUAUGAACUGAUAAAGAUCAUGCCUGUAGAGCUGCAUGCCGGUGCCUGGGGCUCAUUGUUGGGUGCUUGCAGAGUUCAGUGUGACAUUGAAUUGGGAGAGAUUGUUGCAAGACGCCUUUUCAGUAUUGAGCCAAACAACGCAGGGAACUAUAUUUUGUUAUCAAACAUUUAUGCUGCUGCAAAUAGGUGGUCGGACGUUUCAGACUUAAGGACCUUGAUGAGAGAAAAGGGUGUGAAGAAGAUACCUGGACGAAGUUGGAUUUAGAUAAUUGCAUAUGAUUGAUUUAAGCAAAUUCUGCUUAUUACGACCUGAUGGUGUUAUCUUGACCAACAGAUGGCUUCUGUGAUUUUUGAUGAGCACAUGUGCAGUCAGGUUAUCUACUUCAAAAGCAGCCUUAGUUAACACUGCUGCAGCAGUUGCUCAUGCUUCAGUGAUCUGGUUUGGUUGAAAAUCAAGUAUUAAAGGUGAAAUUCAAAGCUAUAUGCAGCGAUGAGCAGAACUAAGUAGCUUGUGAAGAACUGAAAAUGGAGCUCUGUGAUGUUAUUCUCUGGCAUUAAGGUGUGUGCUGAUUUGUCCGUCAUCUCCUCCUACCUCCACACAGAGCACAGCCCAGAUGUGCAAUGAUCAGGCCGUAAUGUAUUACUAGCAAAAUUCAAGAAAAUUUUCUUCAGACCCGUUAUUAUCCAACCUGAACGUAGUUAUUAUCCAACCUGAACGUGUAGUGGUUACACGGUAUCUACCUAGCAAGAUUUUGUGUUCAUAAAAAAAAUUCAUGGGGAAAUACUGACUGAUAGUCCGAGACCCAAAUUAUACAAAGAAUCUAGCUCUCUUGCAAUUCUCUGAAGCUUAUAGUCCAAUUCGGAGAAUUAGCUGAUGGCGGUACCAUCAGCAGGUUCCGUUCAAGCUUGAGUUCCUGAUUUGAUUGGCUUUGGGGUGCCAUUUCUUCACAGUGGAUGGAUCUCAUUCCACAAUCUUGAUAGAUAUCCGUCCUUUGGCUGAUAUUUAUCCUGAAUACAUCAUCAUUUGAAAAUAGAUGUUUGGAUAAAUUUUUCUCAAGAUCACAAUUUUUUGGGUUCAAAUUAGGCAAGACAAAGUUGAGUUGAAUGAUUGAUGUACAAGAUGUUGCUUUCAAGCUUUUUUAAUUCAAACAAGAUAAAUAUCA